GGGAAGGGUUCCCCCACCGUGCAGCGGAGUCCUCCGCCUCUUUCGGGAGCUCCGUCCAUCUUGCCUUCCAAGAAUAAAAAGGAAAAAACAAAAUUAUAGUCUACCCGGACUAUUUUGAAGGAGACACACCGGAAGUCCUCGACGCGCUCCCUCCCGCUUGGUUGUACGAAGCGGACAUGCGCAGUAGAAACCGAGAGCGGAACUCGGGCGCCGCGGCGUAAACAUUCCGCCCGGACGACUAUGGGCGCAGGACCGCUCGGUUGUCAAGGCGACCGAAUCGAAAGCGGGGCCUGUAGCGGCGGUUGGUAUAUAUAUAUAUAUAUUUUUCGCGCCAUGGCGUCGAGCGUGUCGCCUCCCGGGCGGUCGCUGUACCGGCUGGAAGACACGGGAAAAUGGACGCACCAGCUGCGGGAGCAGUACCGUCGCAUCCUGACGCCGCUGUCGCUCUUCCCCACCACUUUUUCCCGAGUCAAGCCUUGCCUGUCAGGCUCUUCUCUUGGGCCGCCAGAGGAGGAGGAGCUGCCGGUGCCCAUCACGCUCUCGGCCCUGAUGCACCUGGUGAAGGCCCGGUUGGAGCCGGGGCCUCAGGAAGCCCGAGCCCGCCCUCAACACCUGAGGGCCUUCAGAGACAUCAUCCUGACCCAAAUCAAGCAGGCCCACAAAGACCUCCAGCACCUGCUGCACGACCCGGCCUUCAGCCCUGACGCCAACCGGGAGCUGUACCAGCACCUCUUGAGCUACCUCGGCUUGGUGUCCCAGCACCUUUUCCACCACUAUUUGGGCCUCAUGGAGUGCUGCCGGCUGCGGCGCGUCUUCACCGAUUGUGCCAACCUCAUCCGCUUCUCGGCCCAGCUGGCCUUGGAUUGCUCCAAGUUCCUCAACGUGGUGGCCGUGCGCCAGCGCCUGGUGUGGGAGAUGAAGAGGCUGGCGGACCACCCGCCCGAUUCGCCAACCAAAUCCUCCAGCCCUUUUGGCCCCAUGACCACCCAUUCCCUGGGCAACCGCCUGGGCAUCACCAUCUGCUACUUCAUCAGAUACAUCCGGCCCCGUACACUGACGGAGAAGGAAAAAAUAGCCCAGGAUGUGAAAGAGCUGGAAGAGUUACCCUUGCUGGACAUGAGCAAAAUAAAGAAAUUGAAUCUACCCACGGCCAGGAAAACUGAUUUCCUGCAGCAAAUGGCCGUCGCCGCCAUCGCCGCUCCUUCUCCCCGUGGAUCCGUACGCAACUGGUCUAGGCCUCAGAUUAUACCGGCGACUUCCCAUCUUCUCAAGUGCCAGUCUUUGCCCAAUAUGCGGGUAGGGAAGCUUUUAGCCGAUGAACUCGGCAUCCAUUUGAUCUCUCGCCGGAUUAGCCCUGAACUGCUUUGUCGCUGCCCCGAAUCCCCCGAACCUGGCGAACUAAAGGGUCCAGCAGCUCUGGCUGAAGACCUUCAGAGGCUGGUCCGGGGUUCUGUCUUGGAGAAGACUCCGUGGAAAGGCGAGCAAGACGAUUUAGAUCUCCCUCCCCUCAUUAAAGCGUUGACGUGGACCAAAGCCAACGAGAACCGCCAGCUACAGUUGCAGAGAAUGCUCAAGUCCCUGGGCGAGGAAGAGCGUUUUGAGACGAAGCGGAGAAACACCAUCAUCGCCGCCCCGGCCUCUCAUCCUCAGGCUGCGACGGUGAAUGUCAGAAUCAAUGAUAGGAUGGUGGUAAAGACAGCUGAUCUGCAGGUGUCUGAAAGGCACUAUUUGGAAAAUGUGAUGAUGGAUAGGUCUUUACCAAUCUACAAUCACCUCCUGGGAGAGAUAAGUCCUGCUACCAUGAAGAUGCUGGACGCCAAGCUUUCUACUGGAGAAGAAGUCCAGGAGAUCUACAGGGAACUGAUGAAUACAAUUCCUAAAGACCACCUGAAAUUUGACCAAGGAUCCUUGAUAGAGUGUCCUGCAACUAUCCUGCCUCGCUACUGCUGUUUUGCUUCCUCAACACUGUCGAAGAGAAAAAGUGAACAGAUUGUUAAUACGGAGCUGAGUCAAAUUCUCCCAACUGGGCCCUUCGUCCCAAUUGAAGUGGUUGAGGCAUCCCACGCCCCAAAUCUAUCCAAGAAGAAGCUAGCUUCAAAAGAAUAUGCAUCUUGGCUCAAAUGGUGGAAAGCCACAUUUAACAUCGACGAGUACUUGAAAUACAUCAGCAGCAACACCGCCGACUAUCUGCCGGUUAUAUUUCAUUUGUACAACCCUGAAGAAGAUGAUAAAGACGGGAAGGAGAGAGACAUGCAGGCAAUGUUAAACGAGGAUGAAGUGAAGAAACAGAAAGUGAAGAGGAAACAGCUAAAAACAGCCGAGCUUCAGUCCCAGAAAGAACUAUUCCACACCGGACUGUGGAAUAUCAGCAGCACCUGGUUGGAGGACCUGGGAAGUUCUACUAGUGACCACAGGUUUGAAGAUCGCAAUGUCCUACAAAGGAGAUUGGAAAGACUAUGGACCGUCCUUCAUUUCUCCGAACGGGAAAGGCUAGAUAUGGCCAUCAAGUACAGCUCCAACCAGUACUAUUUACUGCUUCCAGAUAUGCUGAAUUCUUGGGAAGUCGCUGCCCAGUUUAUUCAGGAUAGGGAGCUCCUGCUGGCUGAAAUAGAAGAGUUUGAGCAAACUGCUUCAGAUCCUAACCGCUUGUUCAGCAAGGAGCUCGGCUCGUUCGCCAACAGAACGCAAGAGUCAAACAUCAGAAGCCACUUGUAUUCCGAGUUGGACCAGUACAAUUUCGAACUCCGCGUGAUUCUGAAACACAUCAGUGAUGCCUUCAACGAUACGGUGACUUUCAAGGGUCGCCCGUACGAAGGUAAAAUGGAGAGGGACAUCGUAGAGAUGCUUUACUGGCUGCAACAGGAGCGUCGGGCCGUAGUUUUGAGUAAGGCGGUCCAGAGGAGCUCGGGAAGGCUUUCUCCUCUUUUUUAGAUUGGCUUCAUUAACUGCUGCCUUGGAAGCACACUUGGACAACGCUUUCGCAACUGUGUCCAGAUCCCAUCCUCCGUUAUGCCCCCCACCCCGAGUUUAGGAGGCCAAGAACAAUAGAGGCAGCAUCAGUUAAAAUCAGUUUAAUGGAAAAGUGAAACAGGUUUUUCGUUAGGUUCAAGGAUGAGCUGGUAAUACAUAGAUUAGACAGUUGAUGGUUGGGGUCAAAGCCGACACCCUGCAAAGUAUCCCAGGAAGAAUAGCAAAAUGGCAGUUGGGUGCUUGUAAGCUUUGUUUUCUUUGUCAAUAUGUAUGCCAAUUUGUAACUGUUGAGUAGUUUUGUCUUUCAUUAAAAACAUAUUUCUGGUCCUCAUGA